GGUCGACUCCUCCCAGGUUCGCGCAAGGGCUUGCGGGGGGCCAACUAGCGAGAACACCCGGGAACUCUCGGGAAGAGCCGACUGUGAAGAUCCCGGAGUGCGGGACGUUUCUCUGCAGAGUGCGGGAGUUGUGGCCAACGUUACGCGGUUCCUGCUCCAAGCCCAAGAUGCCGCGCCUACUGAGAGGAAAGUUCAAUAGUCAGAAGUGUGGGACAGGAAGAACAUUAAGGACCUUUGCACUGUGCUAGGGGCCUCCAAGAUUAAAUGUGAUGUGACUUGUGGGCUUGGGGCCAGGGGACAGUGUAAAGGUAUACGGAGGUCCAACUUUUAAGUCCAUGAGCAGUGCCUUGCUUUAUGAAAUGGAUGGAUUCUAACGAAGAUCGUAUAGUUUUAAAACGGGCGGUGAACGCAUUAUAUUCCCCAACUCCCACCCCACCCAUUCCUUCAGUAAAUGCACCAGCAAGAUAAAGUAUAAUUAAGAGUCCUGAAAAAAAAAAAAGUCCUGAGCCAAAUCUGGGGAUAAAAUAGGAGGCCCCCAGCCUUACGACCUGGAAGGGUACCCUGUGCAUGUAAAUCAACUUAAAGAUUUUUUGCGUAUUAUAUAUGUAAAUUUGGGUUACAAGUUCCAAAGGUUUCGACUCAUAAACAUAACUUUUAAAACAGUACUGUGAUAAUGCCAUCUCAGUUUGUAAAAACACUAAUUGAUAGUCAAGUUAUGUAUGUAUUUUCAAACACAAUUCAGAGCAGCUUUCUCAGCAAAGUUUUGCCCGUUCAGUAUCUGUUGGGGCAAUCGGAGUUAUGUGGGACGCCGAGAACAGGCUUCAAGUACAGACAUCUCCAACGCCCUCUUCACCUAGCUGUAUUCUAAGCAUUCCCAGGUGAAAGCUCAGAAGUUUUUUCCGGAAGCCUGGAAGCCCGACAAGGAGCUCCUUGAAAGCAGGAACUGUGCGACCUUUUCCUGUAGCGGAAGCACCUACCCAGUGCCAAGCACACGAAAGUGUUUUUGGACACAGAAGUCUGCCCAGAGCCUAUCGAGUAAAGGAGAGAAUCUCUAAACCAGUGGUGUUCACACUUCCAUGACUAUGACCAAUGGCCUGACUGGGAGGAAUGCAAAUCACCUGCAAAUGUGGCACAGCAAGCAGGAUGUAGAACCAAUGUGUGUCUUGGGGUUGUCUCCCACUGGAAGACCUUGCUCAACUUCAGUCCAUGAAGCUGCUUGCUGUGCAUGUCAGUUUGCCAUCCAGGAACUACCAGGAGUAUCAUACAGUGUGGCUGUUACCAUUUUGCAUUCCUACAAGCAAGGAAUGAGUGUUCCUGUUGCUCCACAUCCUCGCCAGCAUUUGAUGAUGUCAGUGCCUUGGGUUUUGGCCAUUCUAGUAGGUUUGGACACUGGGCUCCACACCCUCUUUGAGAAAUAGAGCAGAUCUCCUGCCUCGUGUACCUCCAUUAGCCCUUUCCCCCAUCAGAAGUCUUUUGAAGAAAGCCCCAGGAUGAAUGGUCCUGCAGGCAGAACCCAAUUCUGGGAUUAAUACUCAGCUUUUAGGGACCAGGAUGUGAGGGGAUACUGGGAUCCAUCAGGUUGUAUAGACAGCUCCCUACUCAGCAGGUGAGUAAAUCAUACAGCCCAUUCUUUACUUAGAAGGUGAGCCUCUAUGGAAAAAAUGGCACCAACAUUCAUUUCUGGGGGAGAUGUAUUUUAAAUUCUGUGUAAAAUGUACCGUAGUAGGAGUUCAUGGUACACAUUGUUGGGUUUUUAAAAAUUAGACUUUUAGUCCCCUCAAGACGCUAAUUUAAAAAUAUAUAUAUGUAUGUUCUUCAAAAUAGUCACCUGCCUUUAGAUGGUUACAAACCACAGAGGAAAACCUGUGUUAUUCUUCACAUUCCCACCAAUAACCAUUUGGCUUUGCAUGACUUUAAGCUGUUUCUAAAAAAUCAAAUCCACUCUGAAAGCACAGUGGUUUGCCUUCAUGGAGGGCGGCCAAAGGGUAUGCUGCAGGCUGAAUGCAGCCCCCAAAGCGAGGAAAGCGUUUGCCCCUGCGCUACCCAUACUUGGACACUAGAUGGCAGGCUUACCUUCUAGAUGGAAGUAACUGGCCCUGGCAGCCCUGCCUCUGCUUCCGGCAGCCGCACCCUCGGGACAGAUCCCAAAGGCAUUUAGUGGGCUCCCCAGAGAAGGUGUGACCAAGCCUUGGUGUGAGGUGAGGGGAAGAGUUGACUGAUUUGGGAACUCUUGCCUGCCUGUCUGCAGUUGCAAUAGGAUCAGUGUCGGGGCCCACAAGAUCCCAAAACUCACGGUUUGUGGCCAUUGUGACACCGCUGCGGUGCCAACUGGGUCCUCCUCACACCUGUUUGUCCCAGGUGUGGGACUUAGAAAUGUCUCCAGCUUUCCUCGGAUUGGCUCAAGGUGCAAGGUCUUUCAGAUGUCCCAAACCUGGGAGGUUAUGCAGGCUUUUAUCAAACAGAAGCCCCUGCUGAGUGUAAGGACCGCUGAGGGCCAGGAAGGAAAUGUACAAGCCUGUGCUGACCCUGGGCGAGGUCUGUGGUUUCACUAACAUUCAAGAUUCAUGGCAUUCUUUUUUUGUUAUUAUUUUUAAUUUGCUAGAUAAGUUUAGUUACCAUCUGUCACCAUACAAAGUUAUUACAGUAUUAUUAACUAGAGUCCCUAUGCGUACAUU